UUCACAACUCGUAGGACGUUGCUUACACAACACACUGGAUGUUUUGACAAAUGUACUUGCUUUAUUCGAGAUUAAAUGUAUUCUUACCUGAUUUGACAGAGAAUGUAAUUUGUAAUUGUUGCAAUAAUUCAACAUUGCAGCCAUGUUGCUUCCGUCUGACAUGGCGCGUCUCGUUUUAGGAUACCUGCAACAAGAGGGACUGUGUAAUACAAGCCAGGCAUUCAUUCGCGAAAGCCCCAAUUUGAAGGAGUACGCAGAACACAGCUCAGAUGAUGGAACUAUUCCUGCUUGUGUGUUUUCCCUCUUCGGGAAAAACCUGACAACCAUUUUGAAUGAAUAUGUUGCUGUCAAAGCUAAAGAGACCAGUGAAGAGACUCAGAUACCUGUCAUGAUGACAUCAUUGUGGAAAAAGCUUGAUUUCACACUCAAUCAAAUAAAGUCUAUGCAGAACUCCCCAGCUGUUAGCCAGAAUCAAAGACUCCGCACACGUAAUGGGAUCGUGAACAUGAGGGGGCGACAGAAAGCCUUGUCAUCAACGCAGUCCCCCAGCUCUGGGUUUCUGUCAUCGUCAGCCCCUCUGUUGGCCCAGGGCUUUUCCAGCCCCCUCGAUACCCCUCAGAGCAUCUUGGGACACGCAACCCCAGUCUGCUACAGCUCCCAGCUGACCAGACCCUCCCCCAUCUGCAGCACAUCGCCCCAGAUCCAAGAUGGAGGACGUCUACUCAUCAAUGUGAACCGAGAGUCACCUUUGCAAAUAAUGGUUCCAGACAACCGGUUAACACCAGGACCAUUAUCCCCAGGGCGUCGCAAAUGGAGGAGAGGUGGGGGCUUCAGUGGAUCUGGUGGGACUGGAAGAACCAACAUGGCGGCCAGUAGCCUGACAGCUGAGCCCCAGAGUGAAGAGACAGUCACAGAGAAUUUCCCUCAAAUGGUGAUACAAAAUGCACGAGAGAGGAUUCUAAAUGACAAGUCCUUACAAGAGAAGCUUGCUGAAAACAUCAACAAAAUCCUAGCAAGUGAUGGCAGUCCACAGGCUUUAAAGGCAUCAUGCAGCACCAUGGAGCCUGACCAGUCCAUAGAUGAAAUUCUGGGCUUGCAGGGGGAAAUCCAUAUGUCUAAUGAUGUUAUACAAGACAUAUUGGAGCAGACAGAGUCCGACCCAGCCUUCCAGGCUCUCUUUGACCUCUUUGAUUACGGCAAAAGCAAAACCAGUGAGGAUACUGAACAAGGAGCUGGGAAUGUGAGCAAUACCACCACAGAGAAUGGUGAGACUGAGACGAGAUGUAUUGAUGGCUCUCCUGAGACUGGAGAUUCAGGCACUGGGCCUGAAAAUUCGACACAAGGGCAAGAAACAACAACUAGAGCGACAAAGUCUAGUCAAGAGCCCAAGAGUAAGAAAACAAGGAAAUCUGCACCUCAUGUUUCAAGCACUUCAAAUGCAACUCCUGGACCCAGUACCAGAGGGUCGAGAAGGGGAGCUAACUCAACAACUCCUGGACCCAGUACCAGAGGGUCGAGAAAGGGAGCUUGCUCAACAACUCCUGGACCCAGUACCAGAGGGUCGAGAAGGGGAGCUAGCUCAACAACUCCUGGACCCAGUACCAGAGGGUCAAGAAGGGGAGCUAGCUCAACAACUCCUGGACCUAGUACCAGAGGGUCGAGAAGGGGAGCUAGCUCAACUCAACCGUCAGCACAUAUCGAUAAACUUACUGUUGCUACCUUUUCUGCCGCCAAGGACUCUGAUACUGUUGACUCCGGCUUCAUCUUUGAUCAGGAUGGAUCAGGCGUGGAUAUAGAUGAGCCUCUGAAUACUUCUCCCCUUCACAAUAUAGCUCUCCCAGAUCUCUUUGAGCCAGUCAGACAGGAGAGUGGAACAAAUAAUCCGGUGUCAGCAUGCAAUGCAGCUUCAUCUGAAACCAGUAUGGUCUCUGCUGUCAAAAACAUAUUGGACAAUGAGAACCCCGUGGGGGUUGAUGAUGGACAAGUGAUGGAUAACCAAGCAUCACUUCUUAACUCUUCACCUGGCCUGUCUAAUUCCAUGCCAGCGCUGGAUCAGUCAAACAAGGCUCCCAUACAGGCCUCUAACCUGUCUCACAGGAAUAUGACCCCUCCCAGCAGUGUAGAAAUUUCCCAACCUCUACCACAGACCAUACCCUCUAUGGCUGUCCCAUCAACAGUUAAAACAUCAACCACUCCUGCUGCCCCAACCUUCAUCCCAAACCCCAACCCCACAGGCAAGGAAGUUGACCCCAGUAAGAUUGUAGCCCUGAAGAUCAUCAUCAGUGAUGAGCAAGGGGAGCCCUCCUGUGACUCAGCCCUGAACCAGGCUGUGUCCAGCAUCACUGGGGACAGGAUCCCCACCAUCUUCCUCUCCUCCCCCACCAAGUCACCUGCUAAGGCCUCGGCCCUCAGUGGCGCCCCCAUGGCUCAGGAGGAGACGGUGCAGGCGGUGACCAGUUUACAGAGGACAGAAGUCCUCCAGCCAGCAGAGACUCCUCUUAGUGAGAAAGCAGGGGAGGUGGCAGCAUUGGCAGGGACGUCAUCUGCAUUGACACAACCAGGCUACUACAUUCAGCUGCCCUUUGAUUCAGCCACAUCCACCAACAGCUACAUCUUAGUGACAGACACAGCAGCCACAAACCACCAAUCCAACAAGGUGAUGUUACCCAGUGGCGCCCCACAGGUACCGACAGUACCCCCGACCUCAUAUGCUCUGGCCACUCCACCCCGCUAUUCCCCUGGAUCUAGACUCAUUAUAUCUUCACCAGUUCAGCCCAUGCUGCAACACAUGGUGGUUCCUGUAUCUGUUGUUGGGCAGAAUAAUGCAGGACAGUUCUCAAUAGUUCCUAAUCAGUUGAUAGCCAUGCCUAGCCCUGUUUCAGCAAAGCAGCCAGCAGCAGUGAAAACCAAGCCUAAACUGGCACCCAAGGACACCACAGUCUCAGACAAAAUGGGAGCUUCUGGAUCGAAUAUGAUUACAAAGCAGGUUCAGGGGCAAUCCUCUGAAAGCACAGGGCAGCAGAAGGUAGCAGUUGGUUUGAGCCCCAGCCAUAGAAGGAUGCUUUGCUUUGAUGGGUCUGCUAGUAAAACUGCCACUCAGACCAGAAAAACUGCUUUCUCCUCCAAAGCAACACCUACUCCUGUAUCACCUUCUGUCCAACAGUUGGAGAAAGAGAGAACUAAAUUGGCCUCAGCAAAUUCUGCUAUCUUGGGUAGCAGCAGGCCAAAAAGGAGAAUAGAGACUGUAAGAUGCACAGACAACACUCAAACAUCAUGGACUGGAACAGAGACCGAGAAAUCCUCCACUGAACAAAAUCAGAAAGAAGCUGUGAAAAAGACCCCUUCAAAGAGGGACGCAGAUCAAAAUGGUCAAACUGCAAGUACCAGUAGAUUUCAGAGUGCUGGUAGCAGUAAGACUGAUGCCUCACAGUCAGAGUCCAGAAAGAGAUCACAAUCAGCAGACCAGAAGGAUGAUUGUGGAACAGAAUCUAAGGAUGCCCAGAGCCCCAGGUCUUCUUCCUCUGAUCACAGACUGAGAUCAGGGAGCAGGAAAGAAAAGGAGGACACAAGUAGACAAGAGUCUACUGAAAAAUCUCCUGCCAAGGAGUGGGAGGGACAGACCGAGAAAAUGACAUCUUCUCAGGACCCCCCUCAUGUCACUGCCAAUAAGGAGAAUGAGCUGGAGGGAGGCAGGCGAGAGCAGCAGCCCACACCAGCACCAAGAGAGUUCAGCCAGGCCCCAGUGGGCUCACAAAUCCCUGUCCCCAGGCGCUCCAGCAAAACCCCCUCUAAGACCAGCCCGCUGACCAAGCAGGCGGCCGAAAUGCUCCACGACAUCCAGGGUCUAAACCCUCCCUCCACCCCUUCUAAGAGGCCAGGCAUGGGCUGUCCGGACCUGCCUCUUCCUCUGACCCCUGGCCGUCUCCAGGAAACUCUAGACUGCCCCAGGACCCCUGCACGUCAGAGGCUAGGCAGGGAUGGAGAGGGCACCCCCAGGCCCCUGGUCCCUCCCGCCACCCCGGACCUUCCCUCCUGCAGCCCAGCCAGUGAGGCAGGGAGUGAAAACAGCAUCAACAUGGCGGCCCACACACUGAUGAUCCUAUCCCGAGCUGCCAUCGCCAGGACAGGCACCCCACUGAAAGACAGCUUGCGCCAGGAGGGGACUGGAACAGUGGCCACUGUAGCUGCCAAGAGCAAGAAGCGCAAGCAGCCCGAGCCCCUGGCCAGCCUGCCCGCAAAGAAAGAUCUCUCCGGUUCAUCUGGUAGUAAGAAGAAAGCAGAGAAACAGCAGAAACUAAUGGAUUCCUUCCCUGAUGACUUGGAUGUGGAUAAGUUUCUGUCUUCACUGCAUUAUGAUGAGUGAUGGGUUGAGUUAUAGCAGUUUGAGUG